UAACAAACAGGACUUGUUUUCCUUCUCUUGCUAGCUGUGUAGAUAUUUUUUGACUUAAGGAGCUGGUUCGAAUGCACUGAAGCUAAGCUUUAGCUGCUACCGGCUAAUUUCCGUGUGUCAGGUCUCCUCAUGAACACGGACAUCAUUUACAAAGGAUUAAAACAUUAUUCGUGGCAAGUAUAAAAGCUAUAAGUUGUGAUGUAUCCGGCGGAUAUGUGAAGGAAGUCGAUUUGACCCUGUGACAACAUAUGAUGAGACUCACAAAAUCCUGAUUUUGUCAUCUGGUAUUACCCCCUCAGAUAUUUUUUCCCUUCUUCUUUCUUUUCUGCUCCUCUGUCCUCAACAGAUUGUGUUCAAAGUAAAGUGAUGGCUAAAGCAGUUGACACCGAUUCAACCAACUCCAUGCGUUUGAAGCAGGAGAUCUCGCUCUUACAUGGAGUCUGCCUAAUUGUUGGCAAUAUGAUUGGCUCGGGCAUUUUUGUUUCGCCAAAGGGUGUGCUGGAGUACACAGGCUCCUACGGGUUCUCGCUGGUAGUUUGGGCUAUAGGUGGCAUCUUCUCUGUAUUUGGUGCCCUCUGUUAUGCUGAACUCGGCACCACAAUCCGUAAGUCAGGUGCCAGCUAUGCCUACAUCCUGGAAGCCUUUGGUGGCCUCCUGGCGUUUGUUCGUCUGUGGACUUCGCUGAUGAUCGUGGAGCCGGCAUGCCAGGCCGUCAUCGCGCUUACUUUCUCCAACUACCUGGUGCAGCCGUUCUACCCGACCUGCACAGCCCCGUAUUAUGCCGUGCGACUCAUCGCUGCUCUCAUCAUUGCUCUGUUGACCUUUGUGAACUGUAUGAAGGUGAAGUGGGGGGCCAUCCUGCAGGUCAUCUCUACUGUUGCAAAAGUGCUGGCUCUCAUUGUCAUCAUCAUUGCUGGUCUAGUCGUCCUGGCCCAAGGAAAGACAAAGAACUUUGAAGACUCUUUUAAGGACUCUAAACUGAAUCCUGGAGACAUGGCAUUGGCUCUGUAUGCUGCUUUAUAUUCAUACUCUGGCUGGGACACUCUGAACUUUAUUACUGAAGAGAUCAAAAACCCAGAGAGAAACUUGCCACUGUCUAUAGCCAUAUCUAUGCCCAUCGUCACAGUUAUCUACCUCCUGACCAAUGUGGCCUAUUACGCAGUCUUGGAUGCAGAUACUGUGUUGCAGAGUGAGGCAGUAGCUGUGACAUUUGCUGACAGUGUUCUUGGCUUUGCACGCUGGCUGAUCCCCCUGUCUGUGGCCAUCUCCUGCUACGGUGGUCUCAACUCCUCCAUCAUCGCUGCCUCCAGGUUAUUCUUUGUGGGAUCUCGGGAGGGUCACUUGCCCAACGCUUUGUCUAUGAUCCAUGUGAAGCGCUACACGCCGAUCCCGGCCUUGCUGUUCAAUGGUGGCAUGAGCUUGAUUUACCUCCUUGUUCAAGAUGUGUUCCAGCUUAUUAAUUAUUUCAGCUUUAAUUAUUGGCUGUUCAUUGGCCUGUCCAUUGCCAGUCAGAUCUACCUGCGCAUAAAGGCUCCUGAGAUGCCUCGCCCUGUGAAGCUUAGCCUAUUUUUCCCCAUAGUGUACUGCUUGUGCUCCGUGUUUCUGGUGGUGGUGCCACUCUACAGUGACACUAUAAACUCCCUGGUGGGCAUCGGGGUGGCUCUCUCCGGCGUUCCAUUCUACUACCUCUUUGUGUACCUGCCUCCCAGCUCCAGGCCUGCCUUCUUAGGCAGAUUGUUUGAUAAGAUCUCACUGUUCACCCAGAAGUUGUGUUUCUGCUGUGUAGCAGACCCUGGCCUUGACCUCGACAAUCCACCUGAAGGGGACAAAUCAAAAUGACCAUAAACUAAAACUCUGCUUGUUUUUUCUGCUCCAGCCAUGUCAUUGAACUAGGAUUUUACACAUUUUUUAUUUUUUAUUUUUUUAUCCAAUUUUUGUAUUUAAUAUAUACAGCGGUUAGACCAAAUGAAUUUUAAAAAACUGUUUACUAAAGCAGAAAGGACACAUGAUGUGAAAGACAUCAAAUGCUUCUGGAAUUACUUUCUGGUCCCUUUUAUUUGUGAGUUUUGUGCCAAGAGAAAGUUUGCAGGAAUGUGGUAUUUCUGGUCAACUUAAAAUAAAAAUGGAGCUGCUUAUUAUUAUCAAGCAGCAUUUUCACCAGACUUUUACCUUGCUGGUUGUAUGUUGUUGUUUUGUACACAUUAAAAAUAAUAGCUUUUGUCUAUAGUUUUGUUAAUCACGUUCGUUCUUUGUGGUAAAAUACUUUUAUAUACAUUUUUUUCUGUCUGUCAAGGGUUUUCUUGUUAAUAAUGUUGACUUAUGUGUCUGUUGUAAUGUAAUCUUGAUCUAAUGUGUGCUAGCCAAGUACACUGGCACAGGUAAAUGAAGGAUAGCUUUGAUUGAUAGCCAGACUAGAUAGGGCUUUUUCUUACACCUAGUAAUAUAUGCUGUAAGCGUUAAUAUAUUCAUUGAUUUUAUUUUAUUUUUUCCUUUGUUUAUUUUUACUGUUUACUUUUAGACCCAUAUACAUUACAGCCCAUGACAUGACAAAAAACGUUACAUGGAUUAUUUUUUCAUGUCCUGUGACCUUUGCAUAGGGAGACAACUUGUGCAUAAAAUGGAAACUUGCUAAUCCCUAUAACAUUUUUGUAAGAAUAGUGUAUCCAGUCCUUUCCGGACAUUUUCCUUUGGAUGCUCAAGCUGUUUUAGUGUCUUUAUAAUUGUUCUUUUCAUGCGCUGUCUUCUAAGAAAGUGGCAGAGCUGAGCACAUUUGUUGUAGUUCAGGGCAGAAUCUAUGUCCAGACAGGAAAAACGCACACAGAUACCUUAAGUUGGGAAAUUAAGAAUACCUGAUGCAAUAUUUCAGCUCACAGAGGUUGUAAGGUAACAAAGAAGAUAUUUUGAUUAUAUGUCUGUCACUUUAUGGCACAAGGACACAUUAAUAGCUGUUUUAAUGCUGGAUUUCAGGAUGUAGCCAUCUAGUCUCAGGCUAAAUCACAAGCUGGUUUAUUGUUUGCCCUUGAAUUUCUUGUUAUUAGUGCAAAGCUUCAGAUUAGGGUUCUGUUCCUAAAGAACAGUUUUCAUUGCAUCACAUUCAUUUCAGCAUAUAAUAGGAUUUAGGAUCUUGUGAUUAUCAAAGCUGGGUGUGUUUAUUCUUCAGCUGCAAUCUUUGUUGUAUUUGUUCUAGCACCAGCACACUUGAACCAAAAAUGUUGUUGAUUUUGGACCUUUCAUGAAAUGUUGUCUUUAUAGACCUUUAUAAACCAGGACAUUUUAUUAUCUUCAUUUUAAAACUUUAGGCAUGUCAGUUAAAGAGACUUUUUGGAAGAUGCCCUGAGAUGCCCUGUUUUUACACCUUGUACUGUAUAAUUCACAUGUUCCUUGUUCACAACUUGUUCACAUGAAUUUAUUUUGUGAUGUUACAUGCUGUAACAACAUACUGUAUUAUAAAUGUAUAACAUUUAUGGUUGGUUUACAGUACAUUUGUUUCUGUCUGUGUCUGUAUGAACAUUUAAAUGUGGUUAGGUGUGGGUGUGACUCUCCUGUCUUACCUAUUUGCCAUAUGCUGGUUUUGUUCUUAAUCAUUUUGCAUCUAUGCAUUCAGUUACUGCUGACUUUGUAUUUUUCUGCCUGAUUUUGUUUUCUGAUUUUAAAUUGUCUAUACCAAAUUAAAAAGGUGUUUUAAAAUUGUAAA